CCAGCCUGUGCCCAGGUGGAGACAGGACUAUACAACCGCGCGCUUCACCGCAGUCGAACACGGCACGCUGCACCAAUCACUCGACAAUUUGUGUCAUCUUCUUUGCGACGCGCCGAGACUUACGUUUGACCAAUCCAGUGUUCCUAGAAAGCGCCGAUGUGUGAUGUAGUCCAAUGACCAGAGAGAAUGGCUUCACUCAACGUGAAUUCAAAGCUGGGCGGCUAGAUGAUAGUAGACGAAUAUAAUACAGCCAUGAGUGACGGCGACACAAGAGUUACACGAGGUUAUUCUCGAUCUGUACGACCGGAGUCGACACCCAUCAUUAAUCGACCUACGCACAGCCUUCGAUACAGCCCGUUUUCCGUCACCACGAGUCGUGCCAUCAAAGCCUCCAUUCAACAGCUCAAGACCCAUGUUUUAGGGGCCAAAUCUCGGGUGGAGAAGAUCCUAAAGGGUGGAGGAUCUCCUGGAGCAAGAGCUGCUCCGGCACGGGUGGGCAAGCACGAUGCCGACAUUGGAGUGCGUUUGGACUACGGCGACAUGAUCACCCGCAAUGGAAUCGAGUACCAGCGUUACAAGCUUCAGGCCAAUAAGCAAGCUGCGAACGCGACUAUAAAAGCAAUCGCGGCCAAGAACUCGCAUCAGGUUUUGGCUGAGGUCGACGUCCCGAUCAAUCCUGCCCCUGAAAAGGCCGACGAGACCUUGGAAAAUAUGUUCGACCAUCUCGAGAAGAAUAUCACGUAUACGAUCUAGAGCAAGAAAUGGAUCACCGCGACCGAAUAUCGCUUUGCGUCCAAAAUGCGUGCUACAGCACGCUGAGCAAGUGUCGCACCUCGGGCGUGUUUAUUUCCGGUCCACGAAGUGAUGUUGGAGUUCGCCGCCGUUUGUUAUCUGCAUGGAGUCCUUGUCACAAGUUUAUGAGCCAUUCGCGUAGCCAUUAUCAAAAUUUCUAACUCAUCG